AUGGAUGCAGGAGAGAAAUUUCGAGGCUUGCUGCGAUCCUUGGAGGCGCAGUACGAUGAAGACAUUCACCUUAUCAGAUGUGGACGUCGUGCUUUAAAUCGGAAGAGUCCAAAGAACUUGGACAAAUCACAAGAUGAGGAGUCAGCGCAGUUAACGCCGUUGGCCUUGCCGCCGAUGGCCACACCGGCAACUGCAAGGCUUCCGCAGGAGCUGCCUCGUCAGAGUUCCUUUACAGACUUCCAGGAGCCCGCAGAGGCGCAAGCACCGCGGGGCCGGGCGCGGCGCCCAGCGACGGAGGUGGUCGCAUCGGCGAUAGCGGAUCGCGAAGUGAGCCCUCCACGCAUGCGUGCCCAGAGCCACAUGAACCACAUGAACAAGUUAUCCCAGCCUCGUCCAACGGACCUUGACAGCGAUGCCUUCCGACCCAGCUUGUCAACGGUGGUGCCAUCUUCAUCCGUUGCCACCAUGCGGGCCUCUGCAGCCACCCGCCCCUCGCGGCUUCGCUUCUCGGAGGCCUCGCCGGAGAGGUAUGAGGAGAUCAAACCUGCCUGGAGGGCGAAAGCGGUGGUGGAGGACCGCUCGGAGCGUUCCCCGCGAAGCUCGCUGCGCAGCUCGCAGAGCUCGGCGGAGGCGGCGAGGGCGGCGAGGCACGCCUUUCCGCAGAGUAGUGCCAGGCGCACCAUGUUCUUCGACAAAUCGCCCGAGGAGAUGGAGGCGAUGUUUCAAGAGGCCUUGAACGACGAGGCGGAGAAGGAAGAAGACAUGCAUGUACGAGGUGAGGACCCUGAAACGGCCCGCUGUCGCCUGCUGACGCACCUGCGGGCCGUCAUCGAAACGGACAUCUUCGAGAUGUUAAUUUCCUGCCUCAUCCUGGGAAAUGUCGUUGUCAUGGCAGCUGCGGUGCAGUACCGUGGCUUCGAUAUCGGCUUUGCUCUCGAAUACCCUGGCAGCACUUCGCGUGCCGAUGAUCUUUGGCCAGGUGCUGCGAAUGUGCUGCAUGUACUGGAUGUGUUCUUCACCCUGAUCUUCUUUUUGGAGCUCUUGUUGCGAUUGACGGUCUAUCGCCUGGCCUUCUUCAAACUGGCAUUGAACUGGUUAGACUUCACCGUUGUUCUCUUCUCGUUCAUGGAACUGCUGGCAGCUUCAAUACCCGGCAGUUCCACAGUGCUGCGUUUGGUCCGCUUGGCCAAGUUGGCCCGCGGUCUGCGAGUGGUGCGCAUGGCGCGGAUCAUGGAUUCCCUACACCUUUUGUUGAAGAGCAUCGGUGCGAGUUUCUCAAUGCUCUUGUGGUCCAUGUUAUUGCUGGCCGUCAUCCAAUGCACCGCAGGCAUGUUUGUUGGCUACUUGGUGAUGGAUUUCCUGGAGAGGGCUUCCGGCACUGUGCCGGAGGACGUGCGACGGCAAAUCUACAGGUACUAUGGCACCUUCACCUACACGAUUCUCACCAUGUUUGAAGUGAUCUUUGCCAAUUGGCCGAUCCCAUGCCGCCUCUUGGUAGACCAUGUGGACGAGUGGUUCUCCUUGUUCUUCAUCAUCUACCGCUGUGUGGUCGGCUUCUGUGUCCUGAACGUCAUUGGCGCAGUCUUUGUUCAGCAGACCAUGAAAGUGGCAGCUGAUGAUCACGAGCUCUUUAUGCAGCAGCAGACGCGCAACGCGGAAGCGUACGCCAGGAAGAUCAAAGAUGUGUUUACAAAACUUGAUACUUCAGGCGAGGGUGUGAUUUUCAUGGAUGAGUUCGUGGAGAUUCUGAACACGCCGACCAUGUCGCAUUUUAUGACGAAGCUGGAACUUGAAUCAACAGAUCUUCUCAGUCUCUUCAAGCUGAUUGAUGUGGAUGAUACGGGUCAUGUGUCGCUGGAGGACUUCAUGGCAGGUUGUCAACGGCUCAAGGGACCUGCCAAGAGCGUGGACCUAGCCUUGCUCCUGGCGCACACCGCUCGGCUCAACUGCAAGGUGGACAACUUGUUGCAGCUGUCUGGACAAGAAGCUGAGGUGGGCUCCGUGGACUGGGGCUACGGCGCCGCGGGACAACGCUUGGAGCAACGCUUCGCGCAUACCCUGAGUUUCAGGCAGAUGGGCAGCAUGGAAUUUGAUCCCUCAAUGCCCGUGGGCAGCAUCCACUCCACUGAAUCCAGGGAGAAGGCGCUGGGCGUGUUUUCGGAUGUGUCAAGGUUGCGCUUCAAGAGUCAGUCGAACUCCAGCGACGUCUUGGAAGACGGUUUCGAUGCCACCAGUUGCGACAGGGUGACCUCUGUCCCCAGACCCGAAGUGAUCUACAACGACCAGAUCUUGCGGAAGCACGGGCUACGGGAUCCCGCCUGCGCGUAUCACCUGGAGCAGCUCUUGGCGCCGGGGGAUGUCAUCAUUCAGCGCAGCUACCGGCAAGCCUUUCGUCAGAGAUGGGGCAAGACCGUCUCCAAGGCCGCCGUGCUCACUGGGACUGCGCAACCCUUAGAGACGAAGUCAAUGGAAGUGGUGUCCAGAACACGUUUGCUGACUUGGCGCGACUAUCCCAGCAGCGGUCAGAGCACCUUCGCCGGGGUCCCUUUCGAUCCCCUGACGGAGUCCUUCGUGACGCAAGUUGGCUCUGAGAUGGCCUGGCUGGUGGUCAUGUCGCCCGGCAGCCCUGGAUUGAUCAAUGUGAACGUGGGGCUCUUUGUCAGUGCAUCGUUUCCUUCCUGGGCCGCAUCAUUGAUGACAAAGAUGGUUCAUGCCAUGCACGAACUCUUUCAGGCCCGGAUGAAGGAGAUGAAAUCCAUCGGAUGUUCAGAAGCGCUUCUGAAGGAGGACCGUUCCCUCUACAUCAUCCUGUCUCUCCGGACCUGCCCGCAUGGCCGCCCGCUGCUGCCGUUGCUCCGGUCCUCCUCCGGAACUUCGCCGGAGGGCGUCGUCAGUGUCACUGGAGUUGGUGCCGCGCAAAAUCUCACGACCUGGUUUCGACCAACUGGGACGUUCAGUUUGCCAAGCUAUUUAAGCGACUUGCUGGCAAUCCUGGGAUGCGACGAUGUACAGGUCUUUGAUAGUCUGGAGGGUCGGCAACUGGUGCCAUAUCAGGCAGUCUUGCGCAGAGAGCAAUGGGAGCGAAUUGGAUCCCUCUUUAACGAUGUGUGGUUGACCCAUCGUGCGGCCUACAAGAAGCUCAACAGUUGUAAACAUGCUCCCACCAUCGUGGACGGGCGACAACCCCGAGAAGCCGACAAGCCGUUCCUCCCGGCGGGCGGCGCUGCACCGGAGCCGGUGUCACCGUCCUACAGCAUAGCAGUGCGUAACACCUUUAUCGAAAUCGGUGAGGAGAUUCCAUCCACCGAGAGCCCUUUCUCGAGGGCCUGCAGCCGCUGA